UCAAAAAUAGGGGCAUUCAUGUCUCCAGAGGAACCCUCUCAACUCCGUUGUGUCAAUAAUUGGACCUCAAGUUAUUACUUAGGGGCCGGGAAAGGUCCACAUGGGUUUCAAGUAUUAAAUAGACAAAAAACAAAUCUGCCCCCCAGUUACAAGUCUUCGGUACAAUUAGUUUUCUCUUUUCCGGGAGUGUUUCUUGAUUAGGUAGAUAACACACAUGUCAUUUUAAACUCCAGCCUAAAUGAGUGUGGUUUGUGUGUAAUGUCGGCUGAGUGCAUGUGGAGGUCAGUGUGCCUCUAUCUCUCCCCGUUGUUUCAGCGAAGUGCACUGAGGUCACUUGGAAAUAAACCCGGCCAUUCUUCUCUUUUUCUCGUCUUUGCCGGCCGUUCGUGGAGCCAACUGCCCGUGUCUCGAGACUGAGGUGAUUUUUCCCCACUGAGAGAAUUCCUGCUGACAUGACUUCUAAUUCCAGUUUAGCCAACAUGCGGCGCCUGGUGGAGCAGCUGAAGCUGGAGGCCAGUGUGGAAAGAAUCAAGGUGUCUCAGGCGGCUGCAGAGCUCCAGCAGUUUUGUCUCCAGAACGCGAGCAAAGACGCGCUGCUGGUGGGAGUCCCCACGGGCAGCAACCCCUUCAGGGAGCCGCGCUCCUGUGCCGUGGUGUGAAAGAGCCGCUGCUAUUUUCCUCUGGUGUUUUGAGCGAGAAGAUAUGGACACAGUGGCAUCCCACUCAGAGAAGAGGAAUUCUUUUCUGUUUUUUUUUUUAACCCAGAUAUGGAAGCUUAUAGCAGCCAGCUUGUAAUUAAGUAUUUUGAUGUCGUUAUCUUCACAUCACAUGUUGAUUACUCUGUUAUCUUCAGUUAGCAGAGGCAUUUUUUGCUUUGUAGCCAUUUCAUUAAAUUCUCUGUUUGGUUUCUGGGAAUCUCAGGUCGAUUAUGAUGGGUUGGAAAAUGAAUAAUGCCACUGUUAAGAACUAAUUUCAUUACUCAUUAUCACUGAGACAUUUUAAGAGGAUCUAUAAGCACGUCGAGGCAUGCACGAGUAACCAAUUAGAAAAUGUCCAACUGAUUCUGUUGCACUUCGUCCAGGGUCCAGAAAAUGAAUCGAUUAACAAUACUAACAUGUUAUCUCACAGAAACACAAGUUUUUCCAUUUCAAAAUGAGCAAUAGCCUUGAGAUUAUGAUAUAUUAAAUAAAGCUGAGCAUUUGUAUGAUUUCAUCUUCUUAUUUUUGAAGCCAAAAUAGAUCCAAGAUAACAUUUUUUCUAUAUAUGUGAUUUGAAAUGGACAUUUUUGUCUUGUUUUUCUGGAUCACAACAGCACAAAUACAUAUAUGAACAGAUUAAAUGGCAUUUUUUAACCCU